GAACUCACCGGCAGUGUUGAUGAGAAGUUAGGUUAAGUUGAAUUAUCAGGUCAGGAUGUCGGGACAGAAUUUGCUCUCUGACCAGGGUCUCAGGUUGGAUGGGAGGCGUGCACAUGAGUUGCGGAGGAUCCAGUGUAGAUUAGGUGUGUUCAGUCAACCCGAUGGAAGUGCAUACUUGGAGCAGGGAAACACCAAAGUCCUCGCAGCAGUUUAUGGGCCCCACCAAGCGUCGUCGAAGCGCAUGAAUGUCGAGGAAGUUGUGAUAAAUUGUCAAUACAGCAUGGCAACAUUCUCCACUGGUGAGAGGAAACGUCAUCCACACGGGGAUAGGAAGUCCCUGGAGAUGGGAAUGCACAUCCAACAGGCAUUGAGUGCUGCCAUUAAGCUGGAAUUGUAUCCACGCUCCCAAAUUGACAUCUUCAUCGAGGUUCUCCAGGCGGAUGGGGGUAACUACUGUGCUGCCAUCAAUGCAGCAACUCUUGCCCUCAUUGAUGCUGGGAUUGGUCUGCGGGAGUACGUGUGUGCAUGCACAGCAUCUUUGGCCAAUGGAAAAGUUCCCAUGAUGGAUAUUUCAUACAUUGAGGAAGUCAGUGGUGGUGCUACACUCACUGUGGCAUCCCUGCCGUCAUCAGGAAAGAUUGCUUUCAUGGAAAUGUCACAGAGAUUCCAUUUAGAUGAUCUGUCCAAAGUUCUGGAGCAUGCACUAGAAGGUUGUCGGGAAGUGAAGAAAAUUCUCGAUCAGGCUGUUCGGGAGCAUGUACUGAAGGUUGGAUCAGCUGGAGAUUGGGGGACAAUUACUAAAAGAAAAUCCAAGAAAAUGGGAAAAUCAAAAGUGUCAAACAAGUCAAAAAGUCAGCAAGAGAUUGGGGUAAAGGAGGAGCCAGCAGAAACUAAGAAUACCCCAAAGGAAACGAAGAGAAAGAUUCCAAAACGGAAAAAGAAACCCGUUGUAGUGCCAAAGUUCAUGAAAACUGUUCGCAUGACAAAAAAGACAUUGGAUGAAGCUCUGAAGGCGCUUGAGGAAGAGGAAACAAAAGUUCCGGAACAUUCGCGGGAUUGCUUCAAGCCAUCCUGGCAUUAUUCUGACAGUGAAUACAACGAAUAUCCUCUCAUGACGGACCAACGAUUCCUCUUUGAGAUGCAGAAGUGCAUAGAUAGGGAAGAUUGGGUGGCAUUCACAAAGUACAUGCUUAACUUUACAUCAGAGAACAUCAAUAACUUCGUCCAGCAAAUACAGUUCAAACUGGCUGUUGUUGGCCUAACGUAUGAUCCUGUGGCACGAGAGCACAACCUUCUGAAGGAAUUGAUAACGAAUGUACAGGAAAGUGCAUUGGGUUGGAAGAGUGAUACAUUCUGCCCCGAAGAAACCGUGAGGAAGAUCUUUGCGAUACUGUAGUCACGAAAAAUUAGGUCAAUAAAUUACUUCACUGAA